CGAUUUUAGGAGGAAAUAGAAAAUACACUGAAGUCACUUCAGGACAGAAAAAGCAAAUGCGAAGCAUUGAAAAUGAAAUCGGAGAAGUACAUGGCAAGAUUACAGGACUGGGCGCGGCAGACAGAGAGCCAGAUCAAGAACUCAUUUCGCAAACUGCACGUCUACUUGAACGAUGAGGAGAGCAGCCUGAUCCAGCAGGUUCGGCAAGAGGAGCGCGAUUCCAGCCGCAAGCUGCAGAACAUGACUGAGGAGGUGUUCCAGGAACUGAGGGUGCUGCAGAGCAGCAUCCAGGAAGUCGAGAGGCAGAUGCAGGAUGGCAUCCUCGACCUGAAGGGUCUAAAGGACAUACAAGCAAGACUGGCCCACACUCUGCCCACCCCAGUCCUGAUAAUGCACAAGGUGCCAUUUGGAAAGUUUGCAGGACCCACAGAAUAUAAAGUGUGGAAAAAUCUGAGGAAGUUUGUGGACACAGAUGCUUGCGUUUGCUUGUUCUGCCAGUCACUUCGAAUCUGUGCCCUUUCUUUCUUGACCUCUUUUUACAAACAGUACAGUUUCUCUCUGUCUAUGCUGUCCAGCCCCUGCAUGAUUUUGAAAAUUUCUAUCGGAUCUCCUCUAAGCCUUCUCCAUCUCCAGGAGGACAGUCCUGACCUCCCCAUUCUAUCCUCAUAACUGAAUUUAUGAACUCUCGCUUGUCCCUCUCUAUCCCCUUUCCUUUUCUUGCUUUCUAAUCCGCCUCUAUAUUCCCUCUCACUCUAUCCCCCUCUCUCCUCUCCUGCUCUCUAACUCCCUCUUUCUAUUCCUUUCUCUACUCCCUCUCUGUGCCUCUCUCUCUCUU